AUGAAUCAUAGACGAAGCCGGACCAAAUUCACGGAAGAUCAGUUGAAAAUCCUCAUCAAAGCAUUCAACCAAAAACCUUACCCAGGUUAUGCCACCAAACAAAAGCUUGCUUUAGAAAUCAACACUGAAGAGUCUAGAAUCCAGGUUUGGUUUCAGAAUCGAAGAGCUAGGCACCGAGUUCAGAAAGGAUCAGAACCUGAGAAGGACUCUGAAGCAAGCCAAAACCAAGAUUUCUCUGAAGACAAGAUUCAUAGUAGAGGAGAUAGACGGUGUCGUACCAGCUACACUUCCUUCCAGCUAUACACCCUCAUCACAGCAUUUACGAACAACCCUUAUCCUGGGAUUGAUUCCAGAGAGCAACUUGCUAAGGAAAUUGGAGUUCCAGAGUCAAGAGUCCAAGUUUGGUUUCAAAAUCGGAGAUCCAGAUUUAGUGUCGGGAGAAAAAGAGAAUUUGAUGAGCUCUUGGAACAGAAACAAGACCCAGAUCAAGAUUUCUGA